GCUUGGCAAUACAAAUAUCCGAAGAGCACCUGAAUGCAGCACAGCGCCUUGCCUGACAAGAGGAGUUGACAGCAGAUCUCGGUGCUGUGUCAAGUGACAGCAAACAUCAUGGAGAGCUCCACAGAGGCAGCUGACUCCGCAGCGCACACCUUCUCCCAGGUGGUGUUCACGGACAUCCCGCACACGUAUCCACCUUCAACCUCUGUCACCUGCUGCUUCAACCUCACUGCCUCCUUCCAGCCCAACUCCAGGGACUGGGUGGGCGUUUUUAAGGUUGGGUGGAGCACAACAAAAGACUAUCAUACCUUCGUGUGGGUGGAGCCAUGUGUUGACGUUGAAGGCCAGCAGUCCGUGACAAGGCAAGCUGUUUUUAAGGAUUACUACCUGCCCAAAGAUGAGAAUGAGUUUUACCAGUUCUGCUACGUGGACAAUAGCGGCCAAGUGCGAGGAGCGAGCACCCCGUUCUGUUUCAGAAACCCGGUGGACAUGAGCCUGGAGAUCAUUCCUGAAGACGACCUCCUGGUUAUAACAACACAGGAUCAGGUCGAUCAGAGCGUACGGGAGAAAGCUGAACUGCAGAGAGAGCUGGAUCAGAAAAUGGCUGAAAAUGAAACCUUAAGAACCGCUCUGAAGCAGGAGCAGCAAGAAGCCGCCAAAUGGAAGGAGCAGAAGGAAACGGACGAGAAAGAAAAGAGCCAGCUGGUCAAAGAACUGGAUCAAAUGAUGAAUCAGAAUAAAGACUUGAAUAACAGCUUACGGCAACAGCUGAAGGAAAACGAGAGUGUGAAGAUGGGCGACCAGCUGACAGAGCAGAUGCAGCAGGAUCAACAGCUCGAGGAGAUGCAGCUGAAAAAACUCAGCGACAGCUUGAGUGGAGACGGAGGAGCGAGCGACAAAGAGAAACACGCUCAGGAGAAAUACGACCGCGCCGUGGCAAAGAUCAACCAGCUGAAAGCAGAGCGCGAGGAGCUGAGGGGAAAAGUUGACACUCAAAGUUUAGAGGUUACAACGCUCAACUCCAAAGUCAGAGAACAAGAACGAGAGCUGUUGAAAAUAAAAGACAGCGUCCAGCUCCUACAGGUGGACCUUCAGACCAGUGAGAAAGAGAAGGAGAGGCUGCAAACCGUUGCAUGUAACACGGACGACCUGAAGAGAGAAAACCAGGAGUUAACUAGGAGACUGUCACAGAUGGAGAAGCUGCAGAGCUAUCCCGAUGACGACCUGAGGGGGGAGAUUCAGGCGCUUGGCGGAAAGCUUCAUGACACUCAGGGGAAGUUAGCGGCUGAGAGGGAAGAGGCAAGAACCGCAAAGAGGAAGGCGCAGAUUCUGGAGGGAGAGCUGCAGGACGUCAGGGAGCAGCUGAGGAAGGUGUCCAGUAUUUAUGAAGAGGCUCAACGGAUGACCAGCAAACUGGAGCUGAAGUUCAACGACGCACACGAACUGAUCUUAGAGAAAGACUGCAUUAUUGAAGAGAAGGACGACAUUAUCAAGCUGGAGACACAAGAGAAAGAAGAGCUGGCCAGAGAAAACCAGAGUCUCAUGAGAGACAUCGAGGGUCUGCGCAGACUUAACACUGAGCUCCAAGCUUCUCCCCACGUCAAACCACCUCAAGCCCAGCCUGAAGCCAGCUUCCCACCCGGCACUGCUGCAGCCACACCUGAAUGGGAGGAGCUGGAGACACCUGAACAGGAGGAGCAUCAGUACGAGACCAUAGCGAGCAUUGCAAACCCAGAGGAUGAGCAGCCGUCGCUGGUGUGUCGUCACUGCCAGGAGAGCUUCCCUGGAAUAACCCCCGAGGAACUGGAGCAACACGAGCAGAGUCACAGAGUUUGCCCGUUCUGCACGAUGAUCUGCGACACCAUGGAGCAGGCGGUGUUCGAGGAUCACGUCUACGGACACGAGCUGUGAGAAAAAACCACACCGGGUCGCAAAAAAAGGUCACAUAGUGUACACGUCUGAAGGAAAAUAAUGUCUUACAAGCCGUACUCAUAUCUCUGUUUUACACACGACUCAUUAUGAACAUUUUCCAAAGCAUACUGAAGUUAAGUGUGAAGUUUUUUUUUUUUUACCUUAAACAAUCAUUAAGAGUCCAUUCUGUGUCCCGUGUGCACGAAGAAUCAGCUGGCAGAGACCUGAAACCGCCCCGAGUUAUGUAAUCCAUCACAGCGAACACGAUGUCCUCGUUUAUUUUGGUCGUUGAACUCAAUUGUAUCUCAAAGUGGAUUUGUAUCAGACGGGUCUCGAGCAGACCGCCACAUUACCAGGGUGGCUUUAUUUGGGCCUUUUUUAAAUGUUUUCCUUCCUUCAUAAGCAAAAUAGAAAAAAUAGGUGUGUAUGAGAGCAGUGUGUCCAUCAAAAAUUUAAAAGGUAAACUCCCGCACACUGUGCUAGGGUUGCUCUAACCCUUUUUUGGUAAUUAUUGAAACCGUGGUAUUGAAACAGGUAUCGAUAUUGUUUGAUUUUUCAAACCUGGUGACAUGACAACCUCACUUCACCUCACACCCUUGAUGCACAAAAACAGGCUGACGGUGUAACACAAGCGGGCGGAUACACAGAGCUCUGAACACAUGAUCCCCCCUCCAGGCUCAUGCCUCGCUGAGAUAAUAAACAAGAUAAUGAAUCGGAGCAGACGCUAAUUGUCAGCUGUCGGGGAGGAUAAAUUCUGGACGCAUUUCAGUCGGUAUUUAAAAAAAGGUUCUGAUGUGAUCCAGCGUAACACACCUCCGGUUAUUGACAUAUUAAUACAGAAAGAAGGCAGGAAGUAAAUGUUGAGGUUUAACCCCUGACAGCCUUUAAUUUAAAGUUUAUAUUAACUAGUGAGGUGAGGGAAGCAUGAUUUGUGAAACCCUUGGUAUUCUUUUGGAGAUAAACAGCUCUUAUCGGUAUGUGAAAAGGAUUUUAAGAUAUCAGAUAAGAUUUGAUUUAACCGAGUAAUGACCUUUUAUGUAAACAUCUUAUUUGGAGUAAACAUUGGGAUGUUUAAAGCCGAGUUUAUUUACCUGAAUGCUUCGUUUACUGCCUGAUUUCGCACAAAGAUUACGAAUAAGGGUCGACUGAUUAGUGUGCCCGCCCCAUGUAUGUAGGCUGCAGUCCUCAAAGCGGGUCCAAAUCUGACCUGUGGCUGACUUUUUCCUCAGCCUCUCAGUGUGUAAACGAGGCUGCUGUGAGUCUUUCAAUCAAAACAACAAGAGACAAGACUUUCAAUAUGUCUGAAAGUAGCGAUGGUUUCUGGGAGUUGAUGUCUGUAUUGUAGAUGUGAAUCAAUUAUGGGAAUAAUUGGGAUGCCGGUAGUGUAAUGGUUAAUGUGCGAGCCCCAUGUGUGGAAGCUGCAGUCCUCAAAGCGGGCGACCCGGGUUCAAAUCUGACCUGUUGCUAAUUUCCUGCAUGUCAUUCCCCACUCUGUCUCUCUGAUUUCUGAAUACUGUCCUAUCUCUCAAAUAAAAGGCAUAAAAAGCCCAAAAAUAAACCUUAAAAAAAAAAAAAAAAAAGAUUAUGAAGUAACUAAAUCAUGCCAAGUUAAUUCACCUAAAGUUUCUGUUGAUUUUACAGUGUAUAUAACCGCAACAUGAUUCAUUGAUUAUGUUAAAAAUGAAAAUUGUCAACUAACAAUUCACUUGAAAAUCUGUCAUUUUGAAUUUAUUAGUAAUAAAGUGAUAAAAGGUUGACUUGA